UAAAACUGUAAUGGUACUUAUCUAAUUAUAGUAAUUAGUGUUGGUAUAAAAUAUUGAAGAGGCAGUUUUGUUCGUGUAUUCCAGUGUGUGGUUGUGAAGUAUAAUAUCAAAAUGAACCGCCUGUCCAUCGCCCUAUUAGCCUGCAUUGUGGCCUUCGUCAGCGCCUCCCCAUACGGAGGCAUAGGUAUGGGGGCAGGCAUGGGAGGGGGCUUCAACAGGGGCCAGAGCUUCGGGAACCAAAACUACGGAGCUGGAAGCCAAGGAUUCGGUCAGCAGGGCUACCAGCAAGGAGGAUCUGUGCACGGACAUGAUAGAGGACACAGCUCUUCGGACUUCACUCAGAUCACCCAGGGCCACACCAGCUCAGGCCACGACGUAGGCGGCGGCAGUUCCUUCGGCUCGGGCGGGCACAGUGCCGGCGGCUUCAACAAUCACCAGGGCGGCUCCUCCAACUUCGGCAACGGGUUCAACUCUGGGUACAUGCCGUACAAAGCCAAGGAAUAAUAUGGAAACAAAGUUGUGACUUUA